AGAAUAACUCACCUGUUCCAUCCACUUUCAUCAUUGGACAUAUUUAGUCACUACCUGCGUUUUCUGUGUUUUUGAGGUCACUUUAGAGUAAAAGAGGAGAAGAAAUUUAACAUAUUUGGACGACCAACAUUCAUCAUAUUGGAAGGAUGAAAGACAGAUUUGGCCAACUUCAGGAUGCGUUGGACGAGCCUGGAGGAGGAGGAGGUUAUACCAAUGAGGCCUUCCCCAAUGUGGACCUGGACCUAAAUGACCUGUCUGCCCAUUCGGGCAGGAACUGUGCAACAGUGGCACCUGACAACGACCCUGAGCUGAACCGCAUUCUCCAGGAGGCCCAAAAUGUUCGGCAGGAGAUCCAACAGAUCCAGGAAGACCAUGCCCAGCUCCGGGACCAGAACUACCACGCCUUGAACAAUACAUUUAUGGACGACACCAGUGAUGUGAUCAGGGACGCCAACAACAUUGCAACAGACAUCAAGGCCAGAGGAGGGGCUGUGUUGCAGAGGCUGCACAGGAUGAACAGGGAGACCAGGAAGCUGGAGGUUCAACGAGGUAGCACUGACCACGUGGUACGUAUCGCCCGGACGCAGUACACCAACCUGAGCACCACCUUCAGGGAAGUGAUGUUCAACUACAACGAGACAGAGCUGGGACACAGGGAGAACUGUAAGAAACUGAUCCAGAGACAGAUGGCGAUUGUGGGCAGAGACGUCACGUCUGAGGAGGUUGAGGAGAUGAUGGAGAGCGGGCAGCAGUUGAAUAUCUUCAACGCCCUGGCUGAUGGGACGGCCCAGUCGGCACUGACGCAGAUUGCUAGUAGACACAAAGAGCUGCUGGACCUGGAGAAGAGGAUCCAGGGGGUUCAAGAGCUGUUUCUGGAUGUGGCUGUGUUGACAGAGGAACAGGGAGCGGUGCUCAACAACAUCGAGACCAACGUACAAAAGACGGAGGCACCUAUCGCGAUUGCCAGGGAUCAACUGAACGAAGCCAAAAGAUAUGACAAGAACAAUCCCAUCAAGAAACUGUUCUGUUGCUGCUUUCCAUGUUGCAAAUGAUUGUAUAUCUCAUCUGAUACAUUAUGUAUGUGAUACAUUAAUUACCUUGAUAUUAUUGUAAAUAAUAUGAUUUUUUUAAGAAAGCAGUGGGACUGCGAGGUUGGCCUACAAUAAGGACAGGUAACGAUGGAUAACCAUUUCCAGGAGGGAAAUACUGUAUGAGGGAUGCAUAGAAGGGCCUAAAAACUCUCUCUGGACUACCAACCAAUGACACUUUCAAUCAAAAGAACAUUGCAUUGAGUUUGCAGAGAGUCUGAACUCUUUCUAUUCUAGGUUUGAUAAUUUGGACUUUAGUAUUGAGAAGGAUGAGCUGAUGUGUAAAUUCUUAUCAUUAGCACAAUGGGAAGCUGAUUUGGUAAUAGAGGAAGCAGAUGUUGAUAGGGGUUGUUGAUAGGAGUCAAUAAGGAGUAAAUAAGUUUGCAAUCCUUUUGUUAUGGCAAGCCUAAAUAAGUUCAGGAGUAAGAAUGUGCUUAUCAAGUCACAUAAUAAGUUGUAUGGACUUACUCUCUAUGCAAUAAUAGUGCUUAACAUGCUUUUUGAAUGACUACCGCAUCUCUACCCCACACAUACAAUUACAGUAUCUGGAAGGUCCCUCAGUCGAGUAGUGAAUUUCAAUCACAGAUUCAAUCACAAAGACCAAGGUUUUCCAAUACCUCGCAAAGAAGGGCACCUAUUGGUAGACGGGUAAAAAAAAAACAUACAUUGAAUAUCCCUUUGAG